ACACACUUUCUCUCUCUUUCUCUCUCUCUCGCUCACACACACACAGCAUCAUCCUCUCUCUCAGCGCGACUCCUCCGGGGGAUCGGGAGUAGACGCUCAAACUUCCAGCAGCUUCCCAUUUGUGCACAACCUUUGAGAGGGGAUCCACGACGACGACAACAAGGUGUGGUAAUGUUGCUGCAUGCCAUUUGCCAUCUGUUCCUGUCCCUGUCCCUUUUAAUUCAGCCUGUCUCCUCCUGCAAAGAUUGGAGUUAAUGUUCGUAUCAUCAAAUAAAUGUCAACUUGCCUCCUGUGGGAUUCUGUCAGGAAGGCAAAUCUUCUCCACUUGAUAGAGACGAGAGCAACUUCAUCAUACAAAUCGUGCUCAAAAUGUUAUUAGCGCCACGCUUCUGUCUGUAAUUAUCAUUCAUCUAGGUGUCCUCAACAUUCCCGACAUCUGUUGAAGAAAAGAGGGAGGUAGCAAGACAUAGAAAUAGUCUGCUUUUAGGUCAACUCCUGAGAGAAGCAGAGGUGUGGGUGGGGGUGGGGGCGCUGUUUGUCUUUACGCGUGUGUCAUAUUACAGAGUAGAGUGGUAAAGAUAUGGCAGCUGCCUGAAGAAAAAUCUCAGCUGCCUGCAUCCGAGGAAAGCUUUCAUCCUCCUACCUGCACACCAAAAGAGGGCGGGGGGCAUACACUCUCUCAUGUACAAGAUGAGAAUCAGACCACAGAUGCCUGCAAUCAACUGAAAUUUCACAACAAGCUUGCUGAAUUGAAUUUCAUAAUCCAAACCUCAAUCCUCUGAGGACUGUUGAGAUAGCCUGAGAGACUGUUGCAAAGAAAACCUCUAUUUUGUAUUUGCAAAAGUGGAUAUACAGUCAGGGCCGCACGGUGGUCUAGUGGUUAGCAUGUUAAGCAGCUUUGUCAAAUGAUGGGGUGCAAAAUGAUCCGGACUGUGACCCAGGGGUUGGGCACCCCAUCAUUUGACAAAGCUGAAUCUUGGAAUCAAUGACUUCUCAUGCCCAGUGCAUAAAAGGUCAGAAUCAAUGUUGCGAAUGUUGCUGAAUUGUAUCAGCCACUUCCACACGUGAUAUAAUACACACACAGCACACUCCAAUCGGGAAGCUGAUCAGAUCGAUCCAUGCUGGCUUGGUUGUCCAGUCGGCAUUGUAAUCACAGCCCAGUGUAAGUGAAAUGUGCAGAUGAAGGUCACAAUCAGCCAAGGAAUCAAAAGGUCAGGUCUUCCCCCCUCCCCCCCACCGAAAAUACUAACAUUUAGCUGCAUCAGCUCUCACAUCUGAUUUAUUGCCUCGGAUUGAUCACAGCAGAGCCUCCAUUCAUGUAGUGGUAAUUAAUGCUUUUGGACCUGAAAGUGAUCUUAUUCUCAAGAGCAAAACUGUGGGGUCAGCAGUGUUUCUUCUGUAAAGUGUUUCUUCAUUCAUGUUUAUACUCAGUGUUGAACUUGGCUUUACAGAGAGAGAUUGCUUCUGCAGUUUGGUUUUUGUCUUCAAAUACAUGAAAACCUGUUUACGAUCUUCUAAAUAUGGGUUUUAACAUUAUUAGGACCCUCUGGACAUGAAGUAAAACCAAUAUACUCACCUUUACACUCGUAAUAUCCAUUAAAGUAGAUAUAAUCAGAGAAAAUAAGCCAUGCCUGAUACAACUAAAGGAACAUUUGUUUGGACAAAUAUAAUGAUGAUAACAAAUUUAGCUCAUAAGAGUUGAAUUUAAGAGCUGAUAUCUAGCAACAUCCAUGGUUUUCUUGAUAAUAACCAAAAUCACUUAAGUUCUCACAUGAAUAGCUAUAGCAUUGUACUGACAAAAAAUGUAACUCUUAUGAGCUAUUUUUGUUGUCAUUGUUAUAUUUGUCCAAACAAAGGUACCUUUAGUUGUAUCAGACAUUAAAAUGAAUAAGAAACUGAUGAAAGAAGAGUGGUGUAAUACUUUUUUACAUGACUGUAUGUAACCUAUACAUAUGUGACAAAUUCAACUGCUUGUGUGUGUUGCAAUAAAUGUGUUCCGGACAUGUGGACAGGAAGUGACGUCGGGGGUUCAGACUUGAGUUUUAGCUGGAUUACGGCCACAACAGUAUCCCAUGUUAUUAUUAUGAUGAUUAUUAUUAUUGUGCCUGUUGUGAUAUAAUUCAAAUCUGCAAUACAAUCCUGUUGUCUGGAGCUUUUGUGUUUCACCUACUGACACCUAGUAACCUGUGUACAAUACUGAACCGCAAUAUUGAACCGCAAUGUGGCAAGGGAAGACUUACCUUAAAUAGGGUGUCAGUUUCUGUCUCCUCCUUGCUCAGAGUUGCUCACAGUCACUUCCUUAAUCACGCUUAAGCUAAGAUUACUUGCUCGGAAUUUUUAGGCUAAGUUAGAAGCUUUCUGAGAGGACUCUGAGAAGCUUUGUGAAUACGGGCCCUGGUCUUGACUUGGUCAAGCCUCCUCAUACAAGUGGUAUUGAUUCCUUCAAGGCUUGGUCUAGACUUGAUGUCAACUCCUCAAAGUCUCAGUCUUGACUUAGUCUGGACCGCUCAAACUCUUGGUCAUGAUUCCUUAAAGUUUGAUCUUGACUUGGUCUGAAUUUCUUUGAGUCUUGGUCUUGACCUUGUGCCAAUCCUCAAAAUCACUAAAGUCUGAGUCCCUGAACCAAACCAUAAUGCUUGCAAACAGGGCAUAAUAUAAGGAAUAAGCCUCCAGUAUAUUGGAUAUACAAACUGCCAAAGUCUCCAAACCGCUAUUGACGCAAUCUUGAGCUAAAAAAAGUUACCUCAGUUGAAGCCACAGGAGACACCAUAGCAUUUAAAAUGUAUCCAUGACUCAUCGAUUUACAUAAGAAAAUCUGUAGAGUGAAAGUGAGUCCAUGUCUAUUGAAGUAUUUCAGUGGUGGUUCAUAUUAAUGAACAGUGCAGUCAAAAAACAGACUGAUAGCUUUGAUUGAGUCGUGAACUUGGUAGUAUCAGAUGUCCUUGUUGUCAAACACACACACACUCGCUAGAGGAGAGCGGCAAAGUGUUGCAACAAAGAUCAGAUUAGAGCAGCUUUUGUGAUUGGUGGUAUGAGAAGUCUCAUGUAUCAAGCAGCCAUCUGAGCUGGCUUAUCCUGAUACAACUAGGGGCAAACACACACACACACACAAAACCCACACCCUGAAGAAGAAAGUUUACUGUGUGAUCUAAAGGAUAGCCGACUGGAGAUCAGCAAGGCACAAUCUCCAAACAAUUCAAAAUCCCCUUUAGUCAUGGCUGUAAGGCAGAUGGAGCAGUCCCUACUCUCUGAUAUGAAGUACAUUAUUGUAUCUUUAGGGCUGCAAUGGCAUUGUGGAGGUAUCCUCUAAGAGGGUGAUUAUCAACUGGUGGGUUGGGACCUAAAAGUGGGCUGCGGAUGCUUCCUGGGUGGGUCACAGACAUCGAGUCAACAAUUUUUUAUCAUUGUUAAUGAAUUCAUUCAUUAUUAAUUAAUAAUAAUUAUUACUCAAAAGAGUUGCAUGACGGGCCGCACGGUGGCCUAGUGGCGACACAGUCAGGAGAUCUGGGUUUGAAUCUCUGUGUGGAUUUUGCAUUUUCUGCCCGUGCGUACGUGCAUGGGUUUCUCCGGGUGCUCCGGUUUCCUCCCACAUUCAAAAAAUAUGUAUGUUAGGUUAAUUGGCGACUCUAAAUUGUCCAUAGGUAUGAAUGUGAGUGUGAAUGGUGCCCUGCGAUUGGCUGGCGACGAGUCCAGGGUGUACCUCGCCUCUCGCCCAAAAGUCAGCUGGGAUAGGCUCCAGCAUACCCCCGCGACCCUCAAGAGGGUUAAGCGCCAUAGAAAAUAAAGGAAUGAAAGAGUUUUAUGAUGAUCACAGGAACUCAACUUUAGAUAUUUCACUGUAGAAAUAAAAACAAUACAAUAAAACACCCUUAUGUCCACACUAUAUGCAUAUAGAGAACAUACAAAUCCUUAAAUCACAAUUAUUAACAUGUGCUAAUCUGGUAAACUUUCAAACAGCUAAAAUUGCGCAUAAAGCAAAUAAUAACCUGCUGAAUUGUAAUAUGUGAUGUAUUCCAAUGUAACUUGUAAGCAUGUUCAAACUAAAUGAAACCAUGACCAUUACCAUAUAGCACUGGUUAUGUACAGUUGGGUAAUUGUAGUAUUUUAAAGUAUUUUAUCCCCUGUUUAAGAUUACGCCCUUAGUAAGAUAUAAAAGUGCAGAAUGUUUAUAGGUUUAUUGUAACAGAGUCAGAAUGUAAUUUUUUAAAAGCACUAAAUAAAGCGGUUAUGUGCACAUAAAACACAUAAAUUAGUCUUGUCGCUUUACAAAAGUACUCCUAAGGUGAACUUGUCAUGCGGAUAAAAGGCACCUGUCACAGAAACGUCCAUCCAAACCUAUCCACCACCACGGGCAAGACCAAAGAGCUGUCAAAGGACCUCAGGAACAUACUGUACACCUGCACAAACCUGGAAUUGAGUCAAAGACCAUCAAGACCAUCACCAUCAGCUUGGUGAGAAAAAGACCACUCUUAGUGCAAUUAUUUGUAAAUGGAAGAAAUACAAGAUAACCGUGUGUAGCCAUCGCUCAAGAGCUCCAUGGAAGAGUUCACCACGUGGAGUAAGGGUGAUUCUGAGAAAGGUGAGGGACUCGGCCAGAAUUACAGAGGAGCUGGUUAAUGAUGUCGAGGGAGUUGGGACCACAGUCACCAAGAAAACAGUAAGUAGCAUAAUUCACUGUAAUGGAUUGAGAUCCCCCUGGGGGUCCAUCUCAAUGACUUGGAAAAGCCGAACAUGACCCCAACAUUGUCCCUACUGUCAAACAUGGAAGUGGAAACAUUCUGCUUUGGCACUAUUCGAAGACUUCACUGCAUUAAGGGGUGAACAACUACAAGAAAUGUCUGACCUGUGCGCUUGCCGAAAAGGGUUUCUCCACCAAGUACUAAGUCAUAUUUUGCUUGGGGGUCAAAUACAUAUUUCCCUCAAUCAAUUACAAAUCAAUUUAGAAUCUGGAUUCAAUGUUAUGUUUUCUGGGACUUUUUACAUGCUGUCUCUCUCUUUUACAAUAAACCUACCCUGAAAAUUCUGUUCAUAUCUUCGUAAGGAGGCGACUUACAAAAUGAACAGGAGAUCAAAUACUUAUUUUCCCCACUGUACCUCCUUCUGCUGGCCAAUAAUGUGUGCUAAUUUAGAGGUUAUGCUUAGCUCUCCCUUCACGUGAAAGAUAGUCCACUUGAAGCUUCGACAGGUCUACUUUGUUUUCUUGAGAAACUCUUCCAAAAGUGUUUCAUCCCACAGCUCCUGGCUUCUUUGAGAUUGAUUCAAAUUGUGUUUUCUCUCUUGCAGGACUGAUGUCCACAUGGUGUGUCCCUCAAUGUGCCCUCUUCUCUCCCUGACCAUUUCAUGGGCCUCAAACCGACCCCCGCUGCUCCACUCUCAAGCCUCACCCUUGGACCCUCACCCUUAAUCUUCACCUUUAACCCUUCACCUCAUCCACUCCGUCCUCUCCUCUUAUUUUGACUUCCACCUAAAAAAAAAACCCUCUCCCCAACCCAAACAUGGUUGCCCGUGCUCUUGUUAUGGUCAUGAUGUGUCGAGGCGUCCUGCUGUCCGUUGGAGACCCGCCUCAGUCCCGUCGGGAGAUUCGGAUUGAGGGCGACCUGGUGCUGGGGGGCCUGUUCCCAGUGCAUGAGAAAGGAUCCGGGAUGGAGGAGUGUGGGCGUGUGAACGAGGACAGAGGGAUCCAGAGAUUGGAGGCCAUGCUGUUCGCCAUUGACAGAAUCAAUAUGGACAACACUUUGUUGCCUGGCGUCUCCCUCGGCGUCCACAUCUUGGACACAUGUUCUCGAGAUACUUAUGCACUGGAGCAGGCGCUGGAGUUCGUCAGAGCGUCCCUCACCAAAGUGGACGACUCCGAGUUCAUCUGUCCAGACGGCUCCUACGCUUUACCGGAUGACAGCCCGCUCGCCAUCGCCGGUGUUAUUGGAGGGUCCUUCAGCAGCGUCUCCAUACAGGUUGCCAACCUUCUCAGGCUCUUCCAGAUCCCCCAGAUAAGCUACGCGUCAACCAGCGCCAAACUCAGCGACAAGACCCGCUACGACUACUUUGCCCGCACCGUGCCCCCGGACUUCUACCAAGCAAAAGCCAUGGCUGAGAUCCUGCGCUUCUUCAACUGGACAUAUGUGUCUACUGUGGCGUCAGAGGGUGAUUAUGGUGAAACGGGCAUAGAGGCCUUCGAGCAAGAGGCCCGCAUGAGGAACAUCUGCAUUGCCACUUCAGAGAAAGUGGGACGUUCUAAUGCCAAGAAGUCUUACGAAGCCGUGAUCCGCCAACUCCUCCAAAAGCCCAACGCCCGCGUUGCCGUCCUCUUCUUGCGCAGCGACGAUGCCAGAGAACUGCUGGCAGCUGCCACGAGGCUGAACGCUUCCUUUAUCUGGGUGGCCAGCGAUGGCUGGGGGGCACAGGAGAGCAUCGUCAAGGGAAACGAAAUCACCGCCGAAGGAGCCAUCACGCUGGAGCUGGCAGCCAAUCCUGUCCCAGAGUUCAACCGCUACUUUCUCAGCUUGAACCCGGAUAAAAACUUCCGAAACCCCUGGUUUAGGGAAUUCUGGGAGCAACGAUUCCAGUGCUCCCUGGGAGGUGGUGGUGGAGGAGAGAUGUUGCUGCCCCCAUGUGACAAGAAUUUAUCGAUGGACAAGAGCAACUUUGAGCCUGAAUCGAAGAUUAUGUUUGUGGUGAAUGCAGUGUACGCUAUGGCUUUCGCCCUCCAUAAUAUGCAACGGAACCUUUGCUUCAACACCUCCAAGCUGUGCGACAGCAUGAAGGCCUUGGAUGGGCGCAGACUCUACAGGGACUUCAUCCUUAACGUCAGCUUCCCAGCCCCGUUCUCCCCCGCGGGCAGUGAAACGGCUGUGAAGUUUGAUUCCCAGGGGGACGGCAUGGGCCGCUACAACAUCUUCAGCUACCAGCGCUCGGGUGAUCGCUAUGGUUAUGUGCCAGUGGGGGAGUGGGCAGAGAGCUUGAGCCUCAACGGCGCUCUGAUACGCUGGCCCAGAGAAGCGGUGCCCACCUCUCAGUGCAGCGACCCCUGUGAGCGCAAUGAGAUGAAGAAAAUGCAGGCAGGUGAGUAUUGCUGCUGGAUCUGCACAGCCUGCGAGCCUCAUGAAUACCUGGCGGACGAGUUCACAUGCUCACCCUGUGCUCCGGGUCAGUGGCCCACUGACGACCUGACAUCCUGCUAUGAGCUUCCUGAGGAUUAUAUUAUGUGGGAAGAUGCGUGGGCCAUUGGUCCAAUUACAAUUGCCUGUGUAGGGUUCAUGUGCACGGGCCUUGUAUUCUGGGUGUUUAUACGACACAAUAACACGCCACUGGUGAAAGCGUCAGGCAGAGAACUGUGUUACAUCCUCCUCCUGGGCGUCUUCAUGUCCUACGCCAUGACGUUCCUCUUCCUGGCCAAGCCAUCUCCUGCCAUCUGUGCCCUGCGGCGACUCGGCCUGGGCACGUCUUUCGCUGUGUGCUACUCGGCCCUCCUUACCAAAACCAACAGAAUCGCCAGGAUUUUCAGCGGGGUGAAAGACGGGGCGGGGGCAGCGAGGCCGCGUUUCAUCAGCCCAUCCUCUCAGGUGUUCAUCUGUCUGAGCCUCAUUUCAGUGCAGUUAGUGAUGGUGUCAGUGUGGCUGCUGCUGGAAGUUCCCGGCACGAGACGCUUCACCUUACCAGAGCGGCGGCAGACGGUCAUCCUCAAGUGCAACGUACGCGACACCAGCAUGUUGCUGUCGCUGGGCUACGACGUCCUCUUGGUCAUACUGUGUACUGUAUAUGCCUUCAAGACCAGGAAGUGUCCCGAGAACUUCAACGAGGCAAAGUUUAUUGGCUUCACCAUGUACACCACCUGUAUCAUUUGGCUGGCUUUUUUGCCCAUCUUCUAUGUGACAUCCAGUGACUACAGGGUUCAGACCACGACCAUGUGUAUCUCGGUCAGCCUCAGCGGUUUUGUGGUGUUGGGCUGCAUGUUUGCUCCCAAGGUCCACAUUAUCAUGUUUCAGCCUCAGAAGAACGUGACCAGCCACAGGCUCAACCUCAAUCGCUUCAGUGUCAGUGGGGCGGCCACCUCGUACGCCUCUCCCGCUUCUGUCAGCGCCCACUACGUCCCGACAGUCUGCAACGGCAGAGAAAUUGUUGACUCCACCACUUCCUCUCUGUGACGGACAGAGAGGUCCUGAGUCCAAAUACCCCCCCCCCAAUUGCGACUGUUAGCCAACAUGUACACGUUCUCUCAGCAUCGAGCCCCACCUUGCGUAGUGCUGGUACACCUGCACAAUGGAAUGGAGUAUUCGUCGAGCAUCAUCAUGUUUCUUAUUGUGUUUGCAGUGGUGUGGAACUGCACUGGCAACUACACUACUGGUUGUUGUCCUUAGAUUGUGCAGGUGUACCUAAUAUUGUGGCCUGUACAGUACACAGUACAAUACACAGUGACUCAUGUAUCGUUUCACCGAUGUAGAAAGUGUGUAACUAUAAUUAAAUUAUUUUCUAAGGAUGUACAUACAUGGAAUUGUUGUAAGUAGACAUUCAAAAAGGACAAAAAAACAUGUUUUUAGGGGGAAUUUUUGGAGCCUUUUGUUUUUGAUAGCUUUGUUAUGAUGUAAAUAGACGUUAGGCUUCAUGAAGGUAAGGAGAGAGCGUCCCUCGGUGUGUGUGUGUGUGUGUGUGUGUGUGUGUGUGCGUGUGGCGGCACCGUUCGCCUCACCUUGCAAUAUCCCACUGACUUUUUAUUACUAUUAUUAUUCUCAUGUUUUUUUAGGUCUCGUUGUUGUAAUAAUAACAAUACAACAUUUCUAUUGUGUAUCUAAACAUUUGUACAGUAUGACCAGCGGUUGAAACAGCACAACAGUACGAGGGAGGACGUUGGACUGAAUGUCUGCACUGGACAUGUACAAAAAAACAUAACAUUUCCAUUUUAAUGGAUGGUGUUUUGCGUCAUUUAUCUGCAUAAACAACAUCUUUUUGCAGUCAAAUAUGUUGCUUUUGAUACAUUUUUUAAAAACCUCUAAUCAUAGAAUCCCUUUAUCUAAAUGGCCAUAGAUGACGACAUGUGUUCAUUCAAGCAACAAGUGUACACAUGCAUGUAAAAGACACACUUCAAAGCAACACAAGCGUCCAUUAAAGGUCCCCUAUUAUGCAAAAUGUACUUUUUAUUUAGGUUAUAUCUGUAAUCUGUGUCCCGAGAGCUUGUUUAGGACCCCCAGUUUAUCAUCUCUCUCACUUGUUGGCUUUAUUUUUGAGAGGAAAGGGCGCUCAAACGGUCUCUUUUAAAGUUCUGGGUUUUCACGACGUCAUGAAGGAAAAACCUCCUUCCUCUGACUCGCCCCUACGAACUGUAGAUGAACCCGCCCUGUGUAUACGCCCACCAUUUAACUUGUAAAAAAAAAACACACAUCUUAAAAUAAAGCCUGGAUCUCUGUCAACUAUCCAUUAGUCAGCUCUAAGUUUCAUCAUUUUGUUUUUCUUCAGCGAAAAGGCUAACCUAGCAUGAUGUUGCUGUUAAAAUGUGAGUGUGAUGUUAGCACCGGAGCUCACACAUCGCUAUGCUAGUGUUGCUAACGUUUCCGUCCUCCUGUCUCACUUCCACUAUAAUAUUGUAUUGUUGUAUGUGAUAUAUGGUAUCUAUUACAUCGGACAAGUAGAGUGUACAUGUAAAAAGUGGAUAAAGUGCACAAUAGAGCUUCUUGGAGCCACACACAACAACCAAUGUUCAUUAGCAUUAAAGCUACAGACACACAAAGCGGGGUGUUUCCAUUAGGGCUUCUUAAAAGCUUCUAAAUAUCAGCACCGUGGCUCAAUUUUGGACAAAACCCUUCCAAUACAUUAUGGUGGCACGUCAGAGACUUUUACAGUAUAAUGUGGGACCUUUAUGUUCAAAUAAAUAAGACGUGCUGGGAUGAACACAUGCCGUAUUGGAGAAAGACAGAGCAGUGGUAGCGUAUUCUUAUUAAUCUGAUUAUUUGUACCCUGUAUGUGGUGAUGUAUGGCAAUGUGCCUUAAUGUAUGUUUGAUAGCGCUCCAGGUGGAGAUUGUAAGAGGUCACAUUUACAUGACGACCUGAUGACACAUGACGCUAUGCCAGUUUAUUCCCUUUGCAUUGAUUGUUCACCUGAAGUGUUACAAAGGAGUCCAAAGGUUGACAUGCGUUUCUUGACCCCACCCCCCUCCCUUCUACCAUCUUGCAAUUAAAAGCACAUCAAGUGUUCAAAUGUGUAUGACACUUAUCACGCCUGGGGUUUUUUUUUUCUGUUCCAUUAAAGAAAAGCCGUUGUCCAUGGUUAA